UGUCCUGUCAUAAAAAAAAACUUGAUAAUAUUAAUUACACAUUGUUGAGAGAAGCCAUGGCUAAGGAGCUUGUCUCUCUCCAUUUUCUCCCACCUCAAUUUCACACUCCUAUCAGCCUCCGCCCUAAACCACCGCAAAACCCAAUCUUCCCCCGCCGCCGCAACAGAACUUCCAGCAACGACGAAGCAGUCCCAUCCAACGAAGUCAAAACCAUCGCCAAGUUCAAAUCCCGACACAACUACAUAAGAGUCAUAGAAGUCUCCCGGAGAAGCGACCACCCGCUCGCCGGCUCUCGCCUCCUCCUCCUCGACACUCCCGGUAACAUCCACAGCAUCUCCUUCCUCCUCAAAACCUUAACCGAUAGUUACUUCGACGUUUUCGCUACCCUCCCUCCGAUUAUCCCUCCAGGACCCAUCGGCGUUCUCGGGUUCGGAGCCGGGUCAACCGCCCGGUUGAUCCUCGAGCUUUACCCACCCGAAUACACUAUCCACGGAUGGGAGAUCGACCCUUCUGUGAUCGACGUAGGUAGAGAGUUCUUUAGCCUCUCUAAGCUCGAGAGAGACCAUAAAGAUAGGAUCUUUAUCAACAUCGGAGACGCCUUGGACGCUAGCGUCAGAACCGGGUUCUCGGGUAUUUUAGUGGAUUUGUUUAGUGAAGGGAGCGUGAUCAAAGAGCUUCAAGAUCCAAAUGUGUGGAGGGGAUUGAAGGGUAGGUUGAGGAAGAGAGGGAGGAUCAUGGUGAACGUUGGAGGAAGGUGUGUGGAAGCUGAGGAUUCAGAGAGAGAUGGAGAUUUGGUUAUGGUGGAAACGUUGAAAGCGAUGAGUCAAGUGUUCGGUGAUAAGCUCUUUGUGUUAACGCUUGGGAAUGGAGAUGAUAGCUCGGUGGCGUUAACCGGUGAGUUACCGGAUCUUGAUGCGUGGAAGAAGAGUCUCCCGGUUCGUGAGCUGCGAAGCUAUGUUGAUAUGUGGAAGCCUUUUACAGAGUUCACCUUGAGCUAAUCAGUUUUUGUGAUGGAUCAUUACCAAGUUAAGAACUUGAGUGGCUGAUACAGAACUUGUUCUGCCUCAAGAGAUAGUUAUGAGUUUAUGAUGUACAAACUUUUGGCUCAUUCAUUGUGUUGUCAUUGUUGAAUCUUGAGGAUUACUACUCACUACUGUUGUGUAUGAUCCAAAUCUGUGGCUGAUACAGAACUUGUUCUUUAGUGCUUUCA